GUGGGCGUGGCGUGCCGCGGCGGAGGGCGUGGCGUGCCGCGGGGACUUCCCCUGGGCUGAGCUGCGCAGCGGGAUUUUGGCCAAAUUGGGCGAGGGUACAAUAUUACCACUUACCCCUUCUCACCGAGGAAGAGCGGGAGAAAGGGUAUGGCACAGUCCCAAGGCUGGCUGAGAAGAUACUUCAAGGCCUUCUGUAAAGGCUUCUUUGUGGCAGUGCCCGUGGCAGUCACGUUCCUGGAUCGGGUCGCCUGCGUGGCGCGAGUGGAAGGAGCCUCGAUGCAGCCUUCUCUGAACCCCGGAGGAUGCCAGUCCUCCGAUGUGGUCCUACUGAACCACUGGAAGGUGAGGAAUUUCGAAGUCCAGCGUGGAGACAUUGUGUCACUGGUGUCUCCUAAAAACCCAGAACAGAAGAUCAUUAAGAGAGUGAUUGCUCUUGAAGGUGACAUUAUAAGAACCAUUGGACACAAAAACCGUUUGGUCAAAGUUCCCCGUGGUCACAUGUGGGUUGAAGGCGAUCACCAUGGACACAGUUUUGAUAGCAAUUCUUUUGGACCGGUUUCUCUGGGACUUCUGCAUGCUCAUGCUACACAUAUCUUGUGGCCUCCAGAGCGCUGGCAAAGACUGGAAUCUGUGCUUCCUCCAGAGCGCUUCCCAAUCCAUAGCAAUGAUGAGUGACCGCGUGAGAGGCCCAUCAUAGGAGGAGCUGCAGACACCAGAAGCAUCCUACCCAAGAGAUGCUCCAAUGAUGCUGAGCAAGAGACCUCUGUAUUUCUUUAAGGUGGUCUGGAAUUUCACAAAAAAAAUGUUCAAUAUUAAACACUAUUAAAUGACAACUGGCUUUGUGUUGUAUUUAAUUCCAUAUUGUUUAUCAUGAAAAAUAUGCAGGCCUUGGAGAACAUGAAAGCAUUCUACCUGUGCGUAUUAACGGAAUUAAACUGGAAAAUGUGCAUAGUUAUAGAUGAGAUCUUUCCUUGAAGCCUGCUGCUAAAAUAUUUUAAAAAUUAAUGUGCAUUGAGGAUGAUUUGUCUUUUAAUGUUAAGACAGAACAGGGGAAACCACAUAUUAUGCAUAUAAGGAUAGUGAUUGUAUUGUAAUUGAUGGUAUCCUCAGAACAGUGACGGCCAGCUAGGAAGCCCAGGAACUGUGUGUGAUGUCAAAUAAAACAGUGAUUUGUACUGAUCUCAUUUGGGGUGUUUAAUUAUCAGUUAACCAAACAUCCACUAAUGAAAAACAUUUUAUCUCUUAUCUAAGACAGAAAUUAAAGUAAUGGCAAAAAAGUUCUGUCAAUACUUGACAAAAAACCGAGUGUUUUUUAUUGGCCCUUUUUAAUAUAAAACUUCUGAGCAAUCCCAUGCCUGUUCACAGUGAUGAAUAAGUUCAUUGGUUCAGCAUUUUAUCACAUUUGGCGGAAAGUUCUAUCUAAAAUGGAA